AUCGCAUAAAAUACUCUAUCGUAAAGAUGCUCAUAUAAAUGUAUGAGCUGUAUAUAUAAUCCUUUUCUACUUUUUAGAGAGAGAAAGUCUUCGGUUCGGACUUCGGAGAGGAGAGAGGACUCAGAGGAGCUGAGGAUUUUGAGGCAAUCGGCUCCGGCGCUCGCCCCGGUAGACUGAGGAAUACAAUGAGUACACUAGACGUAGCCAGAGCAGAACUUGCCCUCCUGGUUUUUUAUUUGAACAAAGCUGAAGCAAGGGACAAGAUAUGUAGGGCAAUACAAUAUGGUUCAAAAUUCUUGAGUAAUGGUGAGCUUGGCACGGCACAGAAUGUUGACAAGUCAACUAGCUUGGCACGUAAAGUUUUUCGUCUUUUUAAGUUUGUCAAUGAUUUGCAUGGACUUAUUAGCCCAGUUCCUCAAGGAACUCCUCUUCCCCUUGUGCUGCUGGGAAAGUCAAAAAAUGCACUAUUGUCCACUUUCUUGUUUCUUGAUCAAAUUGUUUGGCUUGGCAGGACUGGCAUUUAUAAGAACAAAGAUCGCGCAGAACUGAUAGGCAGGAUAUCUCUUUACUGUUGGAUGGGUUCCUCAGUUUGCACUACCUUGGUUGAGAUAGGGGAGCUUGGGAGGCUUUCUGCAUCAAUGAGGAAAUUGGAGAAGGAGCUCAAAGAAACUAAUAAAUAUAAGAAUGAGCAGUAUCGAAGUAAAGAGCAGAAGUCGAAUGAGAGGUCAUUGGCACUGAUUAAAGCAGGUAUGGAUAUAGUGGUUGCAGUAGGGCUGCUUCAACUGGCACCCAAGAAAGUCACACCCCGAGUUACAGGAGCAUUUGGAUUUGUUAGCUCUCUCAUCUCCUGUUAUCAGUUGCUUCCACCACCAACGAAGACCAAAGCGCCAUGAAGGAGAGGUAGCUUGAACUCAACAAUGUUCUAUGCUGUUGGAAUGACCAUUGUGUCGUUGGAUAUAUUUGUGUUUAGUGGGGGAUUUUGGGGGAAUCUGCGUACAGAUGGGGUUGGCAUAGGAAAUUGGCCUUUUAUGGUUUCUUCCCUUUAAAGACUUCCAAUAUACUUUAAUGCUCAUAAAAUUGGGAGCAAAGCAUCAAUCCAAACAAUUACUUGUAUUACCCACAUUCUCAGAGACAUUUAUUUUCAGCAGACUGCAAUCUCAAUCAUUGCCAGUACA